AGCAUGCGACUAAGUGUUAUUUUUCAUGGGCAUGGAUGCUGAAGAACUACAACUAGUACAAGGGCGCCCAUCAGCAUUUAGUUUGAUUUUCGGAUGGGGAAUCAAUUUGCGAGCUUUCAGCAUAUUCAUGUAGUACUGCUACUGGUGUAACUGUACAUGAUUUUUCCCUAAGGGCGGCUCCAAUGUCGUUCGUUUCCCAGGUAGUUGUUUUCGUCCCCGCGUCAGCUUGCUCUUCCUCCUCCCACCGCCCGAAUCUGUUCAAGCUCUCCCGCGCGCACCACCGGUUUGCGCCGGGCUGGCAGGGCGGCGGCAAGAACCGGUUUUCUCGGUUCCGGGACCGGGCCAAUAAGCUCCACGUCGACUACAUUCGGCAGUUGGGCCCAAAACUGGAGCAGAAGAGCCCCCAGAUGCUUAACCCCAGCGGGGGACAGUACGACAAGACGCUGAAGACCGCGCACCAGCGUGCCAAUGAGCGGUUCGGGAUUCACUUCGAACCCGGAGAUGUUGCUGGUCAUGGACAUGGUGGAGCAGAGAGUGUUUGUACAACGACCGGGGGAACCUCCUCAGGAGGAUCCUCUUCAUCUUCCUCUGCGACCUCAAGCAGCAGCACCGGCGCGCAGUGCAGCACCGCUACAGAAACAAACCAGAGCACCAACAUGUUCGCCGACGCUUUGCGCGGGCCGCGGUACCGGGGUAAGAUAGCCGAAUUUGAACUUCCGGGAUUCGGGUCGGUGGAAGUCCACCACGGAGACCUGUUUCGGUACCGGAAGGACGCCGGGGACCGGGGGAAGAGGGGUUUUAGCGCAUUUGCAGAUGAGCAAGCACCUACAUCGUUUGCUGGCACCAGCACCGGUAGUGGUGCCAGCAGCUCCUCAUCAUCUCGUCCCGGAGGAUCUUCAUCUUCAUCAUCUGCAAGAACGAAUUCUAGUACAACGACCAGCUGGUUGGUCCCGAUGAUUCCCAACUUUCUUCCCAGCCGGGGUUUCUCGUUGGAUGUUUUGGAAAGCAUCGGCGAAGAGAAGGUGAAGGACGUGUUCCGCGAGUCCCGGCGGAUCCUGGAAAAGCGGAAUCGCACGUAUUUUGAGCAGGCGAGCCCGCAACUGGACAUCGGGGAUGUGGUCACAGUACCGACUGCGCCUUCAACAUCAGGUCAUGCGUCUGCGUGGCGGUUUGGAGAAGACGAGCACGAUCUGGCGGAACAGGAGCUGCUGGGAGGCGGAUCCAAUGAAAGUUCUUCAUCAACAGAAAGUCACUUUGACUGCUCGGACGACACCCCUGCACUGCACGAACUCUGCGACCGGCUGAGUUUCUUGAUAACGCCGUACUUUUGGCAGGGUUCGGCGCUGGAUGCGGCGCAACGGCUCCGACACUGCGUGAAGCAGGGGCUGCGGAAAACGUUAGCGUUUGACAAAAGCGCGCUUCUGACCGAGGAAGAGGAGCGGGCCUCAACAUCUUCAAGUGCAACUGCGUCGUUCGGGUCCACAAUGUCGUGGUUGCCUGGACAGAGUUCGCGCAUUGCCGCUGAAGAUUCAUUCCGCAGUCGGAGCUUUGGAGAAGGUAAAGAGUUGUACGAGUCAAGGAACGUCGUCGCGGGCCACAGCGGAUCUUCGCUGCGUGCGGUGCCCGCAACAGUUCCAUCUACUACAUCUUCCAAAAAACCCUUGCAAAAAAGCAAAGCGACUCUGAGGUUUUUCUCUACAUCCACGAGUGGAGCUGGGGCCACGAAAAAUGCAAUCUCGAACGAAACUUUUCCCUUGGGGAGAGAUAGGCACACGAUCAUCAUGCAGCACCUCGGAAUGGGUCUUUACGGCUACGAGCCCCGGGACUCCGCACGGAUUUUGCUCGAAGAAGCCGUCGAGGCGGUCUUGCGGAACGACGAGUACAGAUUUGGUGAUGUUGUUGCAACUUCUUCUCGAAGUCCCUCUAACUCUGGCAGCUCUUCUACGUCUGCAGCUCCUACUGCUACCAGGCCCUCUGCUGACCACCAGCCCCCUAGUACUCUAGACUCGCGGCAGAUCACGAUCAAGCUAAUCGAGAAGGAUUUUGCGACGUGCGAAAUUUUGCGGGACGAGCUGGUGAAGCUGGAGCAGCGGUAUUUGCCAGAGAGAAGGCCGAUCACCGCUCGGAAAUUCUACCAGCAGAUGUUCAAGAGACUCAUCGCGCUGCCGGAGCAGCCCAGCCAGUUCUUGCGGCAACACCGGGUCACCUUCCCGUUGCGGCACGGCAUCAUCCGCAACAGGCGCCACUGGUACAUCCGGCACAUGCGACCCUUCCUGUGGCGCGCACAGAAGGUCAACGUGCCGCCGCCGUUGAUCGUGGAGAGUGGUAUUCUGAAUAAAGUCGAGUGCUUUAAUAUUUUUUGUUCAGUGUGUGUGUGGUUGUUAUUUGUUGGUCUCUUCGUUCGCGCUGGUCCAGGAACAUGAACAUCUAGAUUGGUGCCGCGUUUUCUUGUUCUACAGCUGGGUACAACCAAUAUGGGUCGACGAAGUCAAAAACUGCGAGACACUGGCUCCACUGUUCUUUUCCAUCAUGACCACAGGUACCGGCCAUGUCGCCUCGGCAAAGCAGCAAAGGCCGGCACGACCGCAUUACGAUCAUGGGAUAUCGCACGAUCUGUUUCCGACGGCCAAGACAGGCCUGCACGCUCUACGCAGAAGCCAAACGACGGGCGCGUUGAUCGGUAAGCUGGAGCAAUACAAACUUCGCGAGGACGCGCACACCAGUGUUGUGCCAGGGGAUGGAAGAUGCGGGAGAAGGUGGGGAAAAAAGAAAAGUGGGUCAUUCUAAGAUGCUGGUAAAGAAGAAGAAGAACACAAAGAACCAAGCACAGCCGCAUAGUUCGCAGUUGAGAAUAAAGCAGGACCAGGAGAUCGAAAUAAGAUCGUCGUGACAGACGUCGACGCGAUCAAAUUAGAACACCGUAUCUAUUGAAAAAUGAGGUGUAGGUGGU